CUCUUGAGCACGGGGAACUGAACCCGACCUGAACUCUGAACACCAGGAACUGAACCUGGACUCUUGAGCACGGGGAACUGAACCCGACCUGAACUCUGAACACCAGGAACUGAACCUGGGACUCUUGAGCACGGGGAACUGAACCUGGACUCUGAGCACGGGGAACUGAACCUGGACUCUGAACACCAGGAACUGAACCUGGACUCUGAGCACGGGGAACUUUGAACACGGCGAUGUCCGCAAACGAGAGAGCGGCUCGCGCCCUGCGGGAGAUCCUGCAGCGGCGCGGUAACGACACAUGCGCAGACUGCGGCGCUCCAGACCCAGAAUGGGGUUCCUGCUCCAUGGGAGUGUUCAUCUGUCUGGCCUGCUCUGGGAUUCACCGCAACAUCCCUGACAUUGGCAAGGUCAAGUCCCUGACACUGUCCCGCUGGGAGGACCACGAAGCGGAGUUCAUGGCCGCGAAUGGCAACGAGCGUAUGAGGAGCAAAUAUGAAGCAGCGGUCCCCAUCUACUACUACAAACCCACCCACAGAGAUGUCCAGGUGUUACGAGAGCAGUGGAUACGAGCGAAGUAUGAGAGGAGAGAGUUCUCUGAGCCCAGGGGGAAAUUAAUAUAUGAGAAUGGAACUAGAGAUGGCAUGCUGAUGAAGAGGGGGCGGGACAAUGGGCAGUUCCUCAGCAGGCGAUUCGUCCUCUCGGAGAGGGAGGGGACCCUCAAGUAUUUCACCAAAUAUGACGCUAAGGAGCCCAAGGCGGUGAUCAAGGUGGACUCUGUCAACGCGACCUUCCAGCCGGAGAAGAUCGGAAACCCCAACGGUCUGCAGAUCACCUACCUCAAAGACUACAGCACCCGCAACAUCUUCCUCUACCACGAGAGUGGAAAGGAGAUCGUAGAUUGGUUUAAUUCAAUUCGUGCAAUUCAGCUUCAUUAUCUAAAAGUCGCCUUCCCUGGAGCCACGGACGUCGAGCUCAUGCCAAAACUCACCCGGAACUUCCUGAAGGAGGGCUACAUGGAAAAGACGGGUCCCCGGCAAACAGAAGGAUUCAAGAAGCGCUGGUUCACUCUGGACCACAGACGGCUGAUGUACUUCAAAGAUCCCCUGGACGCCUUUGCCAAAGGCGAGGUUUUCCUGGGGAACAAGGACCACGGAUACAGCGCCACCCCUGGCUUGCCCGCUGGCACGCACUGCAACGGCGCCUGGCAGCACGGCAUCACCAUAGUAACACCCGACCGCUGCUUCCUGUUUACCUGUGAGACAGAGGGCGAGCAGCAGGAUUGGCUGAAACACUUCAACGAUGUCUUGAGUACCCAGAUGUCCCCUCAGGAGUAUACCAUGGAGGCCCUUUUCAAGCACAGACACCGAUGAACCCGAGGCCUGUGGAACAUUUUCCUCCCUCCUCUCGACCCAUUUUCCAUGCGACGUGGGCCCUGCACCAAUCCUACCACUGACCUCGACUCUUCGGUACUUUUGAGGAAGAUUUAACCGAGCGAUAUAAUCAGAGCUUCUCUGUUGAGCUGGCUAGGUCGGUGCCUGCUGCUAUAUCCUAAAUUAGUGAUAGAAUGCACUCUUUGGCUAAAGGAUGUCCAGCAGAACCUAAACAAGACAAUAGAGGCGCACUGAAAUUUUGAAUAAAAAAAAGU